CUUCCCAUCACAGUCAUGCCUUCACCUCUCAUCUUCACCAUUUUCCUCUUCCUCCUCCCUCUGUCCAUGACCUCCUCUUCCUCUCGCGUCCCCCCUCUCCUGUCUUUCUCCCCACCAGAAGGGGGGCUUACACAUUUGGUGGUUCAUAAUAAAUCUGGCGAGAUUUACCUGGGCGCCGUCAACUGGAUCUACAAGCUGUCGAGCAACCUCACCAAGCUACGAAGCCAUGUUACUGGUCCUGUGACAGACAAUCCUCGCUGUUACCCUCCGCCUGGCGUCCAGUCGUGCCCUCAUGAGCUCGUGCAGACUCCCAAUAUCAAUAAACUUCUGCUUCUUGAUGAUGCCCACAACCGCCUAAUUGCCUGUGGGAGUACUUCCCAGGGAAUUUGCCAGUUCCUUCGUCUGGAUGAUUUAUUCAAACUCGGCGAGCCCCACCACCGUAAGGAGCAUUAUCUAUCCAGUGUUGCUGAGGCAAGCACCAUGUCUGGGGUAGUGAUCUCCCCCGACGCUUUUGGCGGGGGUGGGAAACUUUUUGUUGGCACUCCCAUUGAUGGGAAGUCGGAGUACUUUCCAACUCUGUCGAGCCGCAAAUUAAUGUCCAACGAGGAGAAUGCUGACAUGUUCAGCUUUGUCUACCAGGAUGAGUUUGUAUCCUCGCAGCUGAAGAUUCCAUCAGACACGCUCUCCAAAUUCCCGGCAUUUGACAUCUACUACAUCUAUGGCUUCAACAGUGAGCAGUUUGUCUAUUAUCUGACUUUACAACUUGACACCAAACUCACGUCACCUGAUGCCGGCAGUGAGCAGUUUUUCACCUCGAAGAUUGUUCGGCUUUGCGUGGACGAUCCCAAGUUCUACUCCUACAUUGAGUUCCCUAUCGGCUGCACCAAGGAUGGAGUGGAGUAUCGCUUGAUCCAGGAUGCUUAUUUGGCUCAACCGGGGUCCCGUUUGGCUCAAUCGCUUGGUAUUCAAGAGCACGAGGAGGUUCUUUUUGCUGUAUUUGCCCAGGGCCAGAAGAACAGAACCAAGCCACCCAAGGAGACGGCUUUGUGUCUGUUCACAAUGAGAGAGAUAAAGGAGAAGAUUAAAAUAAGGAUUCAGUCAUGCUACAGUGGAGUAGGCACACUCUCCCUGCCCUGGUUGCUCAACAAGGAGCUGUCCUGCAUCAACUCCGGUAAGUUUCCGUUGCAGAUUGACGAUCAUUUCUGCGGCCAUGACUUCAACCAGCCUCUAGGGGGCACCACCACCAUCGAGGGCGUCCCACUGUACGUGGAUAAGGACGACGGCAUGACCUCUGUGGCGGCCUACGACUACCGUGGACACACCGUGGCGUUCAUGGGCACUCGUGGUGGGCGUAUGAAAAAGACCCUUGUCAACUCUGUUUCCCAGCCGGCUUUGCUGUAUGAAAACGUCCUUGUGAGCGACGGGAACCCCAUCCUGAAAGAUUUGCUCUUCAGCCCAGAUCACCAGUACUUGUACACUCUCACUGAUCAACAGGUUACACGAGUACCUGUGGAGAGCUGUGAGCAGUACACUUCCUGUGCCGCUUGUCUGGGAUCAGGGGACCCUCACUGUGGCUGGUGUGUGCUGCACAACAUAUGUUCGAGAAAGGAUCACUGCGAGCGUGCAGAGGAACCUCAGCGUUUCACCACGAGAGUGGAUCAGUGUGUCCGACUCUCUGUCCAACCCGACACCAUCUCAGUCACCAUGUCAGAAGUGCAGUUGGUACUGCAGACCCAGAAUGUGCCCAGUCUGUCCGCUGGAGUAAACUGCUCUUUUGGAGACUACGUAGAAACAGAAGGACGCAUCUACGGUGGUCGGAUCUUCUGCUUGUCCCCCUCUGCAAAAGAGGUGGCUCCCAUCACGCACAACCAAGGUGACCGGCGUGUAAUCAAACUGUUUCUGAGGUCAAAGGAGACAGGGAAGACGUUUGCCAGCGUGGACUUUAUCUUCUACAACUGCAGUGUCCACCGAUCGUGCCUGUCCUGUGUGGAUGGAAAGUUCCCUUGUCACUGGUGCAAAUAUCGCCACAUGUGCACACAGGAUGCCAGCGACUGCUCCUUCCAGGAAGGACGCGUCAACACCUCACAGGAGUGUCCUCAAAUCCUGCCCUCGACUCAGAUCUAUAUACCUGCUGGAGUUAUGACGCCAAUCACGCUGCUGGCACAGAACCUGCCCCAGCCACAGUCCGGACAGAGGAACUACGAGUGUAUUUUUCACAUUCAAGGCGACACGCUCAGCGUCCCGGCCCUGAGGUUCAACAGCACAAGCAUCCAGUGUCAGAAGAGCACAUAUGACUACGAGGGCAGUGAUAUCAGUGACCUCCCAGUUGACCUUUCCGUGCUGUGGAAUGGAAACUUCGUCAUCGACAAUCCCUUCAACAUCCAAGCCCACUUGUAUAAGUGCAGAGCACUGCGGGACAGCUGUGGCAUGUGUCUGAAGGCAGAGCCCCGGUUCGAGUGUGGCUGGUGUGUCCAGGACAAGAAGUGCUCCCUCAGGCAGGAAUGCACGAUCGGCGCCAAUUCCCACCUCCCCCUGCAGCUGGCUGAUGGGGGAGGCUGGAUGCAUGCUGCAUCUGGAAACAGCAGAUGCACCCACCCCAAAAUCACUAAGUUGUUUCCUGACACUGGACCCCGCCAAGGGGGAACCAGAGUGACCAUCCGAGGAGAAAAUUUGGGUCUCCACUUCAGCGACAUCCAGAUGGGCGUCAGGUUAGGCAAGGUGCCCUGCGUCCCCAUCGAGACAGAGUACCUGAGUGCUGAGAGAAUAGUGUGUCAUCUGAAGGACGCGACAGGAUACAGAGUACAAGAGGCUCAGGUGGAGGUGUGUGUAAGAGACUGCGUUAAUGACUACAGGGCCCUGUCCCCCAGGCCAUUCACUUUCGUGACGCCAUACUUCACCGGCAUCCAACCUUCUCAGGGUCCCAUUUCUGGGGGCACCCGUGUCACUAUAGAGGGGAGCUACCUCAAUGCAGGCAGCUCUGUUUCUGUCAGCAUUGGACCACAAACCUGCCAUUUUAAAAAGAGGAAUGCCCAUGAGAUAGUGUGCAUAACACCGGCUGGCCUGGCUCCAGGAAGUGCACCUGUCUUGGUGGACAUAGAUGACGCUGACCUCAGAAACCCGGAGGUCAAGUUUAACUAUACCGAAGACCCCACUGUGCUGAGGAUUGAACCGGACUGGAGCAUUGCCAGUGGUGGAACUCUUCUGACAGUGAGCGGGACCAACCUAGCAACCAUCCGGGAACCAAAGAUCAGGGCCAAGUAUGGGCAGGCAGAGUCUUUCCAUAACUGUACCGUAUACAACAACUCAGUCAUGGUCUGCCUCGCUCCAUCUGUGGCCGACUCCGAGCUGAGUUUUCCCGAAACCGGCACCGGUCCUGAUGAGAUUGGGUUUUACAUGGACAAUGUGAACUCCUUAGUGGUGGUCAACGAGACUUUCAGCUACUAUCCCGACCCCGUGUUUGAACCGCUGAGCUCAUCUGGGAUAAUGGAGCUCAAACCAACUUCUCCGCUGAUACUUAAGGGUCGUAACCUGAUCCCGGCAGCCCCAGGUAACAGUCGACUGAACUACACGGUGUUCAUUGGAGAGACUCCGUGCGUCCUCACCCUGUCUGAGAGCCAAUUGCUGUGCGAAUGGCCCAACCUUACCGGACAACAUAAAGUCACGAUCCGAGCCGGCGGGUUCGAGUACUCCCCGGGUACUCUUCAAAUCUACUCGGAUAGUUUGCUGACACUGCCUGCCAUCAUCGGGAUCGGAGGUGGCGGUGGGAUGCUGUUAUUGGUCAUCAUCGCUGUGCUGAUAGCUUAUAAGAGAAAAUCAAGAGACGCUGACCGCACCCUGAAACGUCUUCAGCUGCAGAUGGACAACUUGGAGUCCAGAGUGGCCCUGGAAUGUAAAGAAGCUUUUGCCGAACUCCAGACAGACAUCCAUGAGCUAACACAAGAACUGGACGGCGCCGGAAUUCCCUUCUUGGACUAUCGGACGUAUGCCAUGAGGGUGUUGUUCCCGGGCAUCGAGGACCACCCUGUGCUCAAGGAGAUGGAGGUCCAGGCAAAUGUUGAAAAGGCUCUGACUUUGUUUGGCCAGCUGCUCACAAAGAAGCACUUCCUGUUGACAUUCAUUAGAACGCUGGAGGCACAGAGAUCUUUUUCAAUGCGGGACCGAGGGAACGUGGCGUCCCUGAUCAUGACGGCCCUGCAGGGGGAGAUGGAGUAUGCCACGGGAGUCCUGAAGCAGCUUUUGUCUGAUCUGAUUGACAGAAACCUAGAGAGUAAAAAUCAUCCCAAGCUGCUUCUCAGGAGAACGGAGUCUGUUGCUGAGAAAAUGCUGACCAACUGGUUUACGUUCCUUUUAUAUAAGUUCCUCAAGGAGUGUGCAGGCGAGCCUCUUUUCAUGCUUCACUGUGCCAUCAAGCAACAGAUGGAGAAAGGACCGAUAGACGCCAUCACAGGAGAGGCUCGCUAUUCUCUCAGCGAGGACAAGCUCAUCAGGCAACAGAUUGACUACAAAACGCUGACGUUGCACUGUGUGAACCCAGAGAACGAGAAUGCCUCUGAGGUGACUGUUAAGUGUCUAAAUUGUGACACCAUCACUCAGGUCAAAGAGAAGCUGCUCGAUGCCGUCUAUAAGGGCAGCCCUUACUCUCUCAGACCCAAGGCUUCGGAUAUGGACUUGGAAUGGCGCCAGGGUCGAAUGGCUCGAAUUAUUCUGCAGGAUGAAGACGUCACAACAAAGAUAGACAAUGACUGGAAAAGACUCAACACGCUGGCUCACUAUCAGGUGACAGAUGGCUCAGUGAUUGCACUGGUGCCAAAGCAGAACUCGGCCUAUAACAUCUCCAACUCAUCCACCUUCACCAAGAGCCUCAGCAGAUACGAGAGCAUGCUGAGAACAGCCAGUAGUCCAGACAGCCUUCGAUCCCGGACACCCAUGAUAACCCCUGACCUGGAGAGUGGAACUAAAUUGUGGCAUCUGGUGAAGAACCACGACCAUUCGGACCAGAGGGAGGGCGACCGGGGCAGCAAGAUGGUAUCCGAGAUCUACCUGACCAGGCUCUUGGCUACAAAAGGCACAUUACAGAAGUUUGUGGAUGACCUUUUCGAGACCAUCUUCAGCACGGCCCACAGAGGCAGCGUCUUGCCGCUGGCCAUUAAGUACAUGUUUGAUUUCCUGGAUGAGCAGGCAGACAAACACGCCAUCACAGACUACGAUGUGCGACACACCUGGAAGAGCAACUGCCUCCCUCUGAGGUUCUGGGUGAAUGUGAUCAAGAACCCCCAAUUUGUGUUUGACAUCCAAAAGAACAGCAUCACGGAUGCCUGUCUGUCUGUGGUGGCCCAGACCUUCAUGGACUCCUGUUCCACAUCUGAACACAAACUGGGAAAAGAUUCACCGUCCAACAAGCUCCUCUACGCUAAAGACAUCCCCAACUACAAGAAUUGGGUGGAGAGGUAUUACUCCGAUAUCUCCCGUAUGCCAGCCAUCAGCGAUCAGGACAUGAGUGCCUACCUAGCAGAGCAGUCCCGCCUGCACCUCAGCCAGUUCAACAGCAUGUCUGCACUGCACGAGAUCUACUCUUACAUCAUCAAAUACAAAGACGAGAUCCUGUCAGCGUUACAGAAAGAUGAGCAGUCACGAAGACAGCGGCUACGCGGCAAAUUGGAGCAGGUCAUUGACACCAUGGCAUUAGCGAGCUGAGGGUUAAACCGGUCGGUCACUCGGCUCGGAACGCCGGACAAGAAGCCUUCUUCUAGACAGCUUUGCGCUCCCGGACAUUUGAAAUCUGAGCUUGUCGCUGUUCUGAAAACAAAUGACAGGCAAAGAACACUUCAAGGUUAAUGAAGAGACAGCAAAGGAUGGAAUGAUUUGAUUACCUUUUUUUUUUUUUUUUUUUUUUUUUAACUGAGCUGCAAACCAAGCCUGGAACAACCAAAUUGAUCGGAUACUCGCCCAUUUUGACUCCAGUCCAGCAGAGGGCAGCGGUUAGGUUCCGUGGACGCAAUCAGGACCACGACCAAGGUGCAAAUUCAACAGGCUUAAUCUGUGAUCAGACAAAAGAAAGCAAGAUACUUGAUCCCAACGUGGGAUUUUCCUUUCCUGUCGCCAUUUUCCAGGGGGAGCUCAUGCACAUCCAGUGUGACUCCUCAUCAGGGUGGACACUGAGGAGGAAGAACUUUUGCUGUGGGAAAACUCUUCCUCUGGCACUGAUAAAAACUGCAUACCAACUGACAUGGACUCAUUACAUGUCAAAAUGUUUUAUUUGGAAGUUUUAAAACCCUGCUUUUGGUUCAUUGCCAUAUUCGAUUCCAUCCCCACCAAACUGCCUCCUCUCCUUUGUGCUGUGCCACUCGUGUUUCUGCUGAAUUUGCACAACAAAGCUAAAUCAAAAGAGAGCAAAGGAUAUAUGAACACAUUUAUAGCUAUAUAAAUACGGACCUUCUUGUUUGAGUUGACAGAGAUGUUUUGCAUUUAAUGUACAAAUGAUAGGUUUGACAGGAUUUCAUAUUUCAAAAUGUGGAAAAAAAAAACAAGGAAAAGUUGUUAUGUGCCAUGUUUUGCUUUGAAUGUUGUUUAGUGCAAAGAGAUUUCAUUUCUUUAGAUAAAAUGUGGUAUAAAAUGUCAUGAUAGUGAGACUUAAAAAAAUAGGUACAUGGCAAAAAUAGACAUGAAUUGCAGAAACCUUCUAUAUUUCAUGACGUUUUCUACAAUAUCCAAACAUGUUUGGUCAUUUUUGAGCCAAGCGACCCAGAAAAAUCAAAAUCUUUGACACAAGGACCCUGCAAAAUAGCCAAUUUAGAGGCAGGAUAUUACACAGUGAGCCAACAUCACCGCUUUGCACCAUUAGAUGCAUCUGGUGUGAUGUAUAGAAUAGAUCGGAUAUUGACAAUUACUUUCACCACACCACCUUCUUGAAGUUUCGGUGGUACAUUUUUCUGUUCAGUUCCUAAUAGUAUGCCUUUGUUUCCAUUGUAAAGAGUGCGUCCAACUCAAACCACCCCAAAUUUC